AUGGCGGAGCCAGUCCAGAUCAUGCUUCCCUCGGAGGUGCAAUCUCCAGCGACAGGGGACGACUUCUUGCCGGCCGACAUCCCGGCUGUGCAUCGCACGAGAUCGGCGGGCUCCGUCACCAGCUCUUGGGGGGUGAGUUCGGUCGCCUCAGCUGAGAGAUGCUGGGAGCUCUCUCGGAAGGCCGAAGAGAGUUUGUGGAAGUUCAACUACGAGGACAUCCAGAUCGAGAAGGAGCUGAGCCAGACCUUGAAGAGCAUCGUUCACCUCGGUCGCUGGAACGGCACGCGCGUGGUGAUGAAGACGCUUCUCACUACUGGUGCAGCGAUGGGCGCGGGGGAGGACAAGUCUGCGACGCAGGUUGCCCUCACGGAUGAGCUCCUGCAUGAAGUGGAGACCCUGUCGCAAAUCCGGCACCCAGACCUGGUUCUGUUCCUUGGAGCCUGCUUGGACAUGAGCCGGCCCCUUGCGUGCAUCAUGGAGUACAUGCCAGGCGGUGAUUUGGAGAAUUUCUACCUUGCCAAGCGGAAGAAGCACCAGGUGCCCGACUGGCACCCCAACGUGAGCCGGGUGGCUCAGUGGGCCUGCUCCGUGGCGCGAGCCCUGAGCUUUCUUCACGACCGGGCGGUGCCGCUGGUGCAUCGCGAUUUAAAGCCCCUGAACCUCCUGUUGAGCAAGCACCUGGAUGUCAAGGUGGCCGAUCUCGGCAUAAGCCGGGUCCUGGAAGUCGCCAGUGCCGAGAGCUACCGCAUGACCGGGGCCAUCGGCACGCUGCAUUACAUGGCCCCUGAGGUCGCGCGCCACCAGAAGUACAACGCGAAGGUUGACAUUUAUGCUUUCGCCCUCAUCAUCUACUUCUUGAGCUCCGGGCGACAGCCAUUUCAUCACCUCACCAGAGAUCCCGAACAAAUUUUGAAGGAGUAUGCCAAGGGGAACGAGCCCCGGCCACGCGUCGCAGACUGCCAGCCCCCGCUGCGUCAACUCAUCCAGGCGGCCUAA